AUGACUGUUCCUCAACGUCUCCUAAACAAGGUUGCCAUUGUCACGGGUUCUUCCUCCGGCCUUGGUCGUGCUAUUGCACUUGCAUAUUCUCAUGAAGGUGCUCGUGUGGUUUGUGGUGACCUCAGACCCGAGUCUCGGCCACAUGUUGUGGAAGAGACUGCGAUGAAUACGGAUGAACUCAUCCGAAAGAACGGGGGCUCCGCCAUAUUCGUGCCAACAGAUGUUGGAGAUACCGAGAAAAUGGAGUGUCUCGUCAACAGUGCCGUGUCUGAAUUUGGAAGAUUGGAUAUUUUAGUCAACAAUGCUGGUAUAUCGGUUGAAGCCGACGAUCCCCGACCACUUCAUACAACGCCCAAUGAGACUUGGGACUUGACCAUGAGAGUCAAUGCUAGGUCUGUCUUUUUGGGAGCCAAGUUUGCAGUCACCCAAAUGCUCAAGCAGGAACCACAUCGGCCUUCUGGCGACAGGGGAUGGAUCAUAAACAUUUCAUCCAUAAUGGGGUCUAUUGCUACAGAGGGAAACCCGUUUUAUUGCGCUUCCAAGGGAGCUGUGAGCAGUUUGACAAGACAGAUUGCUGUGGAAUAUGCAAAAUACCGGAUUCAUUGCAACUCUAUAAGUCCUGGUUACACCCAAACAGCAAUAUUUGCAGAGACGACUGGUAGCGGCAUGACGUCUCUUGACGACUUGCGGCGCAAACAUCCAUUCGGAGGUCCGGGGAAGCCUGAGGAUAUUGCUAAAUUUGCUGUUGUUUUGGCUAGUGAUGACGCCGCCUGGGUAUCAGGGGCUAAUAUGUUUGUGGAUGGUGGUUAUACAGCGAGGUAG